GAAUGAUUACCUUCUAGUACUUAAGAAGAGGAUUAUUGAAGAUCUAAUGGCUUCUAAUCAUGGAAUAAAUGGCUAAGAAAUAAGGAUAUGAUAGACAUGGGCUUUAAACUGGUUGAAGAACUUUAUGUUUAUGGCAUAUGGAAUUCAUUAUUACAUGAUUAACCAAUCAAAGAUAAGAACGGCACUAUUCAUCUGAAGGAUACGCUAUUUUAAAAAACUUCUAUUUAUCAAAAUUGUAAAAAAGGCAAUAAUUUGGAAUAAUUCAUUCAGAUUCUCCUUGUGAGUAAAAUGCGGAUACUAUUCAUAAAUUAUAAGUAGAACCUGUAAUGUUGUGUCCGCUACUUGCCUUAAUUUCCCUAAAAACAGAAAUCUUCAUGCAAUUCGAGUGAGUACCUAGAUCUACCAAAAUCCUCAGGUGUCUAAAGUUUUAUUUGA